CACACCUGGACACAUGACUCACCUGGCAGUCACCUGUUCAGUCCACUCAGGUACGUUCAGAGCAUUGCUAAAGAUUGGAUCUUUUAAAACUGCAGUAUGUAACUUUUUUUUUUUUACACAUUUGUUUAAACAUGUUGUGGCCGUUUGAUGUGAUACUCAAUCUGUAAAACAAAAUUAGUUUCUGCUUUCUCCCAGUAGCAGUCUGUAUUACAGUAAGUCUGAAGAAGCCUCUGACUGAAGAUACUCCGCUUUUCCAAGACAGUCUCAUGAAGAGGAUGGUCAGGGUUGGCCAUCACUUUCUUGAUUUUAUGAAGAAUAAAAUGCUCUCUGCUGUGAUGCAGCUAGCAUAGCACGUUAUGAAUCCUCAAACUAGCAGCGUUUCCUGUGACUGUAAAUUGUUUCUCCACCAUUGGAAUAUUUAGCAACAAGUACAUAAAGUUGAUUGAUUGCACUAAGCCCCUCCUCCUGGCUCUGAUUUGUUGGUAGCGGUUAAUUUCUUCCAGUAGCUCAGAGAUCGAUAUUUUUACAUUUUAUCUGUCACAACAUGGCGACAGUUUUAACAAAUAUGUUAAAAUAUAUAUAUAUUUUUAAAUUCUUCAUAAAAGUUACAUACUGCAGCUUUAGUCUGCUGGAUAGUCCAGAACCAGAACUUUAUCUGAGAAACCGAACAUCUCCGAUCCGGAGUUCUGGAGAAUUAAACCGGUUCCGAUCCGGUUUAACUGGACAGCAGAGGUUCGGACGGAACUCGACCUUUUGCAGUCAUACUACCUGGACCGAACCGGGUGGGAAGAGCACCCGGAUCGGAACCAGACGCAAGCAGCUAUAUUCUGCUCGAAACUAUAGUAUCCAUGGUAACGGCAGGACUCGAGCAGCUUAUUGAUCAAUCGGCUGAUCAGAUGAAUAGCUGCGCAUGCUCACACAGGCUGUAACCAGGCAACCGGAGGGAGAGGAGGGGAGAAGAGGCUAAAGAGAGGAGGAGGAGGAAGAGAAGUGGGACAGACUGCCGAGCAGCUGAGGAGGAGAUGGAGCAAAGCGUCAUCCACCUGAGCCACUGCCAGAAGGAGAUCUUCUGCUUCGCGGUGCCUGAGGUGUGUCCGAGCUGCGGGGAGGAGCUGAAGGGCCGCAGACUGCAGGAGGCGCCGGUGAGCCUGCCGUCCCCCUUCACCGACGGACACAAGACCUCCUGCUGCCUGCUGGUCGCUCCUGCACACAACAACCAGGACAGAGACUUUACUGGGACAUCAGACCUGCACACUGGCAUCUCCAACACUAAAGGUGUUGUUUAUAACUACACUCAGGAUGGCGUGCGACGAGAUCAGAGUGGGUGGAGCCGCUGUAUCAGCAUCCCCCUGGUCCGACCCGACAUGUUCCACCUGCUGGCUCAGUGGGACCAGUACCUGGAGUCGUUCUCUGAGGGACCCGCCUGGGACCCAGUGUGGCAGAAGUUCCAUGAGGAAGACCACAACUGCUUCAGCUUCUGCCUCCAGUUCCUGAACGGCAUCCUGGCCAUGGAGGGUCGCGGCGCUCUGAGCCGGGACGACUUCACCCGCUGCUUCAUCCUGCCGAGGAUGAGGAGGGUGUCAAAGUACACCACGCUGAUCCGACACCUGCAGGACCACCAGUACUACCUGACAGACAGACAGGAGACACUGGGAGACAGGCAGGAAGAGUCGGUCACCACCAGUUAAACCAGUCUAACCACAAUUAAAUCAACCAUACUACCAGUUAAACCAAUCAAUCCACUAGUUAAAACAACCAUACUACCAGUUAAACCAGUCCCAGUAUUGUUGAAGCUAAACAGUUGAAACAGCAGUCUAACCACUUGGUCUGUUUUGGUGUGACAUGAAUGUUUAUUUAUUGUUUGUAAAUAAAGGUGAAUAUUUUCAUAAACCAUAA